AUGCAGGAUGUCAGCGGCGGUUUUUAUGUGCAAGAAAUCGAUUAUGAGAAUGGCGAACGAGUGACAAGGGUUGUGGUUGUUCGGGAAGACGCUAUCUGUUCUAGCCCUGGAGCGAACCGAGGUUAUCGGGAUUCCAUAGAGAGCACAUCCACGAAUGGGGAUGAGCAACAGUUUUUGGAUCGAAUUUACGUAUGUUAUUCGUUAAUGGGUUCGGUGGGGAUGCCUAAAGACUAUUUUAUAGCUUCUGACGAACCGAAACGAGGGGGAGCUUCCUCUCCCCGUCGAGUAUCGUGUUUCCUCACUAUAUCUUGCGAUAAAGUUCAAUUUUAGUUACCAUGAGCUCAUCACAUGGGCCCCCACCGACGCGGAUGGCUCGACUGUACCCGCUCCCAAAAAGCUCAUCUUCGAAAUGCUUCAAUUUCCGUGGAAAUACCGCAUGAUUGAUGUAACUGCGGACCGAAAGAUCAAGCCUACCUCCCGUGUUGCGCGAGUAUUUUUUGAUGAGGAGGAAGGGAAACGAAUCGAUGCAGUUAACGGAUAUGUUGGCAAAAGGGGCGAUUUUUGUGGCCUGUUCCGGAGUGAUGGCGACUGGGAGAGUAAUGUCAUUGGUCACCGCUCAGCCUACGAGUUGACCUUUGAGCUAAUGGAAGGGGAGCGUUUUACGUCAAUAUUCUUUCUAGAAGAAGGCCUUAAGGCCUUGGCAGUAAGAAUAUUUUACUCUGUAUAGAUGGUUCACUGCUGAUAUAGCCUAGCUUUGCAUUGAUCAAGGUAGGACGACACCAUGGUUUGGGAGGGGAUCCGGACGUGUGAUACUCCGCGAACCGCCAGGGGGAUUGGGGUCUGUGGGAAUCUAUGGAACAUUGGAUCGGGUGAGUUCCUAGGGGCCGGAUUCCCGUACCCAAUUUCUGACCUGUGUCCAGGAAAUCGAGUACUAUGAAGAAACCAUAGACUAGGGUGCUAUAGCAUUACUAUGCCGGCCAUAAAGGAGACGCUCCACUGCAUGCUUGAAAAACCAUCUCCCGACUCCUCUGCCUAUCACACUAUUCUCUCAAUUUGACCCGAACUGCCAUGGUUUAGCGAUCUCCAGGCGCUUCUAGCGGAGGUUUGGCUUUCUCCUCUUGUGGCUUAAAGGGAGGAGCAGUAUAUUGGGAAACCCGGGGUUGGUCGAGCCUACUCUCUCUUUGAUCCUCCACUCAGCUAGAUCAAAUCGUUGCGCAUGUCAACUUGUUCCACAGUGCUGGCAAAAAGAGUCUUCGUUUCCGUGGAACAUCCAGAAUGGGUUUAGCAACAUUGGGUGAGUAGCCUGAAAGGGAGGAUGUCAAGGUUGAAGGGCCUGCAAAGAUGAGAAUAUCGGGUCCGGCUGGGGAGCGGAUCGAGAAGGUUAAGGUGGCGUUUCAGACGCUUCACGAGCAAGACAAGGUGGUGGGAUUCUCCAUGGAGAUGAAUUUCGGCCGGCUCAAGAAAGUCUUUAGCUCGGAAUUAUGCCCCAAAUGACCGAUACAUCUAUCUCCCCAUAAUGUGAAAAACUUAGAGUGUACUGAGGCAGAGGAGGCUGUUGGGCUCCAUGCGAUCCUUAGUGUAUUUUUAUAGUCCCUUUACUUAAUAUUUCAUAAUUCUGACCAGUACUUUACCAGGACUAUAAUAUCCACGACCUCAGUCUUGUCUUAAGGCGACGCCCUACGUUUACUUCUUAUUGAGCUCAACUGGUGCGGGUAGGGGAGGCUUUAGCUCUGCCUCAUUAACCUUUUUCACUCUGUCUAUGCCUAUUACGUGACUGAUUCUGAUCCACAUAAUGUAGAUGUAUUUUAUAGGAGGCGCUAUGGUACCCUGCCAUUCAAAUACGUGGGAUGGGAAUCCACUUUCACUCUAUUUUCUCCCGCGCUGUUUCGGGAAUGGCGGAGCGAUGGGUGCUGAAUGAUGGGUGCAGGAUCGGUUGCUGAUGGCAGAUAUUUUUGUGGAGCUGAGGGGAGGUGGAUUGCCGUAGUAUUGAAGUGGAUUGUUGCCCGGGUGUGGGGACACGUGUGGAUCUUCAUGUAAUUCCAUCAGAUAAGAUUUUAAGUUAUUAAAGC